AUGGGGGUCGUUCAAUACGCAGAACUUACCGAGAGGCUUUCAGAAGCUCUGGCGAGCGUCGGAUACGCCCUUUCUGAGGUCAAACUCUCUUCUCAACUAUACCCCACGGACCAGAUGCUCGGGAUCACCGCCAUUCUGUACGAACACAUCCUGAAUUUCUUUUUGCGCACUGCGAAAUGGUACACAACCAGCACCACUGGGCGCAUCGCCCGCUCGUUCGCCUGGCCCUUCAAGCUGGAAUACGCGGAUAUCCUUGGCAAAAUCCAGGAGUGCUCCGAGUACGCCCGCAGAAUCGCAAGCGGACAAAGCAAGGUAGAGUUGCGGUCUAUCUGUCUGGAGCUCGGGAAAAUGGGCACGGAUGUGCAAGGCAUCAAAAAGGUGGUGCAAGAGCUGCAGGGUCAGCAUCUGAAACUUGACCAGAUCAUCCAGACAACGACUGCCACCCACACCCUUGGGGAAGGCAUCAAAAUUCGUGUCGACGACACAGCUUCUCACGUCGCUCAGAUUCUGCACCCCAAUUUGCUCAACGAGCUCAAGCCAGCCGUCCGACCCGAGGACUCGCUUCGCCGGAGAGAAUAUACCUUACGGCGGAGCGAACGACGGACGGGCCCGUCCUUCCUCCAUUCCAGCGUUCUGACGGAACUGACGCAGUGGAAGUCACUGCCAGGAUCAUCACUCCUCAUUCUCCAGCCUGGCGCACGUGCGACUGCAGCCACCAAAGACUUAGUCGUCAACAUUGUCAGCCACAUCAAAUCGCAGCAAUACAACGUCCUAUGGUCGCUCUCGCAGCCAUCAUCCGCCGAUUCCUGUCCAUCUCCUGAGAAGGUACUGAAAUCACUGGUCUACCAAGUACUUCGCCAACGACCCGACGCCCUCGCCGGCACAGCAGACGAGCACAACAUCGCAAAGUUCGGCGACGCACACACCCCUACAGAAUGGCUGGACCUCCUAUCCCGUGUUAUCCCAGCAUUGGGGCAGUGCUUCGUCGUCGUCGAGAGCGAAGACCUCCACCGACUGUCGCAAGGGAGCGCAGGAGGGUGCCGAGGCUUCCUUGAACUGUUCCGCGAGCUGCUUGGUCGCAUGCAAGCACGAGGAGUCUUCGUCAAGAUACUUGUCGUCGACUUCGAGAGAGACUUUUCCCUUGCUUCCAGCCAGUCGUCGUCGUCGUCGUCUGGCCAGGCUGAUCAGAUUGUUGCCACGGUCAGACGGCGGGACACUGUACCGCCGAGUCGCAGGCGCACCGUCGGUCAGAUGGCGCGCUCGAGGUCAAAGGUUUUCGAUGUGGCUUCUCGGCGGAAUGGAAGGGCGGUGCGGUAG